AAAAAAUAAUUUUCUUAUUGUAUCAUCUAUUUCGAUAUUUGAAAGUUAUCGUCUUUAGUAGUUACAAGAAUUGACGAUAGGUGACGGGAGUGCAGUGCGUGCGACCGCCGGCGCAAUGUUCUCUGCCAAAAAGGGCAGACGAGUGAUGUGAAAAUUGUCAAAUAUUUUGUGCGAGAUCGUAUACCACUGUGAGAUUAAGCGUGUAAGGGAAUCUUUACGAUGUCCAGUACUUUAGAGAAUAAAAUAUUAAAUUUGCAAGAGCGCCUUCGAGCGGAAAAUGAAUCGAGAGAUAGGGAUAGGCAAAGCAGCGAGGUUGGCUCAGGAACGGGCCUGCAACCGUCAUCGUCGGGUUCUACUUCAAGUCCUGCCGUACGCAGGCCAAAGCAACUUGGCGAAAUGGGUACCCCUACCCGAUUAAGAAGGCAGCUGGAUCUGCCAGUAUCGCAAAUGGUACCUCCAAAGAAGCACGACAGUGAAUUUGAAUCUAAGUUGCAAGAAAUAAUGAAAAUGAAUGGUAUUCUAAAUAUAAAUGGUCAAAGAUAUCAAACAGAAAUGAAAGACUUAGAACAUCUAGGAGAGCUAGGUAAUGGUACUUGUGGACAUGUUGUAAAGAUGAGGCAUAAACCCAGUGGAGUAGUUAUUGCAGUAAAACAAAUGAGACGUUCUGGAAAUGCAGAAGAAAAUAAAAGAAUUAUAAUGGACUUGGAUGUUGUAUUAAAGUCACAUGAUUGUCCAUAUAUUGUACAAUGUUUGGGUUGUUUUAUUACUGAAUCUGAUGUUUGGAUUUGUAUGGAAUUAAUGGCAACGUGUUUGGACAAAUUAUUGAAAAGAAGUAGACAAGCCAUACCAGAGGAUUUCUUAGGAAAAGUAACAGUAGCUACAGUGAAAGCCCUUUCGUACCUGAAGGAAAAGCAUGGUGUAAUUCACAGAGAUGUAAAACCUAGUAAUAUUCUUCUUGAUGAAUCAGGAGGAGUAAAAUUAUGUGAUUUUGGAAUAUCUGGUCGAUUAGUUGAUAGUAAAGCAAAAACUAGGAGUGCAGGAUGUGCUGCUUAUAUGGCUCCUGAAAGAAUAGAUCCUCCAGACCCAACAAAGCCAGAUUAUGAUAUACGAGCUGAUGUAUGGAGUUUGGGUAUUACCUUAGUUGAACUAGCGACUGGUGUAUUUCCCUAUCGAGAUUGCAAGACUGAUUUUGAGGUAUUGAGCAGAGUGGUACAGGAUGAUCCUCCGUCCCUCCCUUCAGAUGCACCUUUUUCUAAGGAGUUUCGAGGUUUUGUCAGUUGCUGCCUUACAAAAAACUAUAAACAUCGACCCAAAUAUCAUAAACUUAUGGAACAUCCUUUCAUACGCAAGUAUGAUGUUUCGCAAGAUGAAGAUACAAAUUCUUCUUUAUCUAAUGCUGGCUGUCAAUGGUUUGGUAGAGUUAUGCGACAACUGGAACCAAGUUUCAGGUUGCCAGAGGGACAGCAGCGAGUUACUGGUCAUGUGUCCCUAAAACAAACUGCUCAUUUGAGGGUACAGUCUGAAAUACCAUCUUUCUUAAAAAGUAAUACCACCAAAGAGACACAGAAUUCCAAUUUUCUACCAUUUCAUCAAAGAUCUAGUAGCGAAAAUGGUACAACUUAUGUAUCCUGUAGUCCAUAUGUGCUCAGACGAAAAGAAAUUUCCAGGCCGUUUUCCCCGCCGAUGAACAACGAAGUUCAACAAAGCGAAUUGAACUAUCAACGAUCUUUUUCACCUUACAGACAAUCGAUUGAACAAAAUAAAGAUUAUGUCAUGAAUCGUUGUUCCAAUGGUCAAGGUAAAUCAGAAGGAAGAUCGUUUUCACCAUAUAGACAAGACUUGAAUAUAACAGACUCAGGAAAUAGACCAUAUUCUCCUUACCACGGACGUUUCGAAGAACGAGAUAGCAACAAGGAUCGAUGGCAAAAUAUUUCACGAUCUUUGAGUCCUUUCGCACGAGAUUAUUCUCCUUGGCGGCGUGAGAAUGUUGAUCCUCCAGGUGUAAUACAACCACCUUGUGAAAGUGGUCGAUAUUCUCCAUUUUUACAGCAAAGACUCGGUCAGAUUCCAACUGCACCCCAAACGCAUCCACAAAGUCAGGAUAUAUAUGGAAGUCCUAUGAUUAGUCGUAAGAGGUUUCCUUCGGAACCACCUCCUCAAGGCUCUCAUGGUUCCACCAGUCCUCAAUUAUUAAUAUCACGUUUCGCACACCAAUUAACACAAGAGCCACCCCCGAUAAUGCCACCGACUCAAGGUGGAUCGAAGGAAUCUGCAAAGAAACGUUUUGCAUCGUACGUUCGUCUUAGGCUCGGGAGUGAUCGUGCUCCUUCACCGGAGCCACCGCCGAGAUUGAGUCGCGGCGAAUCUCCUCUUGCUUUAAGAAGGAAUUUAGAUCAACAAUCUCCUUCUUUCUCUAGAAGGUACAUCUCGCCUUCUCCACCCCAACCUCCACCUAGGAGAUUGUCAGAAAGCAAUUCAGUACCUGGGAGCCCUCAGCACGUACGAGCUCGUUUACGUUACACUCCUGAACCUCAAAGAAGACCUCCGCCACCAUAACCCACCGUUAAUAUUAAAUUUGAUCCCUUAUUGGUGCCAUACAAAAAAAGCGUCGUUCGAGCAAUCACGUGUGUCUAAUAUAGGGAGAAGGGAGAGUAUCGUACUUCAACGAGGAUCGCGUACAAAGAAUUUGUCUUUAUGGUGUUCUUACAUAGUAUGUGGAUAAAAAAAAAGUUAAAGAAAUGAAAAUCUUUAAUACUCGAGCAUCUCGAAUUAAUAAACUUUUACAGUUAAAAGGGCUUGUUCUUCGAGUCGUAUACGUUUACAUAUGGUGUCGAGGACCGUUCGUGUAUAUAAAAAAAAGAGUAAGCUCUUUUCGUUAUAAGAGAACGGUCUGUGAAACUAAUCUUUGCACAGCUUUCAUGACCAUGACGUGUAACGUGUUAAACUAUUCACGCCAACCGUCAAUGAUUCUCUUAUCGACAUAUAUUUAUAUAGAAAUGCAAUACGAUGUUCGACUUUUUAUAUCGCUUGUAAAAAUAUG